AUGGGCCUGCACCCAAUUGCCGGUCAUUUCCUCUCUGAACACUACUUGCUGGUGCCAGAAACGUUCAGCUACUACGGCCCCUGGAACCUACUCACCUACAACGUCGGGUACCACGUAGAGCACCACGACUUUCCCAACAUUCCCAGCUCGCUGUUGCCUGAAGUGCGGCGCAUUGCCGCGGAGUUUUACGAGCCACUGUGUUACCAUACCUCCUGGACGAGGGCACUGCUGCGGUACAUACUUGACCCACGAAUGGGCCCAUUUGCCCGAAUACGCCGAAAGGAACGAGGAAUGGCGGCAACUUCCGCGGCCGUAAAGCGGCAGCAUCCACUCAAGACAACCCAUCGUGACUGUUGGUUCAGCGAGUUUACGUGCCGAUCGGGACAAUGUAUUCAGGCUUAUGGCGUCUGCAAUGGGAUCAAGGACUGCCUUGACGAGGCGACCGACGAGGCGCAGUGCCACGAGCAAG